CUGAACUCAACCUAAGAUUGGAACAACAUUCACACAAAAUUAAACGCGAUUUCACGGUAACGUUCGCGAAAGACGUGGAUAGUGUUCAAAACUUGCCUACGGCUGGACAUUCUUGUCAUACGAAAAUGCUGCUCGCAGUCUUGAUCGCCAAUUUUGAAGGCAAUAUUCUCGUUGAACGUUUCAAUGGAGUUCCAGCUGAGGAACGUUUGCAUUGGCGGUCUUUCUUAGUGAAGCUCGGAGCUGAUAAUCUUAAAGGUGUCAAGAAUGAGGAGCUCCUUGUUGCAUCCCACAGGUCAGUUUAUAUUGUUUAUACAGUGCUCGGAGAUGUCAGUAUAUUUGUUGUCGGCAAGGAUGAGUAUGAUGAACUUGCCUUGGCAGAAGCUAUCUUUGUUAUAACCUCAGCCCUAAAGGAUGUAUGCGGGAAACCUCCAACAGAGCGUCUUUUUCUUGACAAAUAUGGAAAGAUUUGCUUGUGCCUGGAUGAGAUUGUGUGGAAGGGUUUGUUGGAGAACACUGAUAAAGAGAGAAUCAAGAGACUUGUGCGGCUGAAACCGCCUACAGAAUUCUGAAAGUCUAGCAACCCUCCCCUCUCGAAUUGAUAAAGAAGAAAGGUUUAGGUUUAUCCAAAUUUCUUAUGCCAUGCAUGACGAAUGAACUUCAAUGUAUUUUUUCAAUUGGUUUCGAUCUAGUAACUCCCUUGAGUUUUUGCACCUGUAUUUAUUGUUGUUCAACCUUUCCAGUUUCAAUCCAGUAUAAUAUUUGUACUUACCACUCUGGUGAAAAAUUUCAAUCAUACUGAGGAAGAGAAGAAAAAGGAUGUUAUUUGAGCAAUCA